CUAGGAUUCGAAUUUAGGGAUGUUGUUGUCAUGAGAAAUUAUGUUUUGAAAUGAAGUUAGGGUUUUAUUUUUGGUUUUAAGUUACAUUUUAAGAAUUUGAAUAAUCUCAAUGGGGCGGUAAUCAUGGACUCUGGAAAAGUAGAAGGCCUGAUUCAUUGGAUCAAUGUUUUACAAAUUGGGCCACCUAUCUCCAGAUUAAGAGAGCUUAGUGAUGGAAGAAAUUUGCUUAAACUACGAUGUGCAUUGGAAAACAUUGAUUUUGAAGAUGCAAGUUUGCCUCAUGAUCGUUUCAACACCAUCCAAGAGUUUUUGGAAGAAAUUUAUCAUAUUGAUAUCAAUCUCCUUGUUAAGUUUGAUGACAUAGUCCAUGGUCAUAAUGAACUGGAAAUUGCUAAGGUGACAUUGCUGCUACUUACUGUGUCUGUGACUAAACACUUGAACAUCGACAAGUUUAUACAGCCGGUUUUCCAGCUGGACCCAGUUGUACAGGCCGAGGUGAAAGAAUUGAUAGAGUAUGUAAUGACAAGCUAUGAGCAAAAUUGUCUCCACAACCUCAGCUUCACAGUCUUCAGUCAAAAGAUGAACGCAAACGGGGUGGACCACACAGCCUGCCUUGGCUCCUUUGACAGCUCAAGUACGGAAGUGUUCAGCAACAGUCCCCAGGCAACAGGCCGUGGAAGUACUGGCUCUCUGAAGGAGUACAUGUCUCCUCUGAUGACAGACUCUGCCUCCAACUCACCCAUCCCUAUCCGCAACCUGUCCAUUUCCUCCCCACAAGUCAUGAAGAUUAUGGCAAAAGAAAAGGAAACAAAGAUGAAAGCUGUGAAAAUGGUGAAACAGAAAGAGUUAGAGAUCAGACGGAUGACCUUGGAGUUGCACAGUGAAAAGAACCUACGUGAAGAUCUAGAGAUGGAAGUAUGUGUUAAGUCUGAUGCCUUGAAGAGUAAAGAUCAAAGAAUAAAAGAACUUGAGAAUCAGACCAAAGCCGUCAACCAUCUCCAGCAAGAGAAUGAGUUUCUUCGGUUAGCCAUGGAGGAGAAAGAAAAUCUACAGGAAGAAGCUGUUAGACUUCGUGCAAAACUGGAGGAGUUCCGCCACCAGAAAGAUGCUUACAAGUCCUUAGAUGAAGAAAACAAACAACUUCUAAAUGAAAUACACCAACUUAAUGAACAAAUAGAGGCACUGGUUGCAUUCAAAGACAAAUGCGAUGUUUUAAAUGAAGAACUGUCCAAGGCUCAAAGCGUCAUAACCCGGCUAGAGGCAGAAAGUAGAAAUAACAAACAGGAGCUGGAAAAGAUGGCUGAGGCCAAGAGUGCCACUGAGUCACGGUUCAAACACCUGCAGGAACUAUACAAACAACAGAAAGACCAGUAUGAGGAGCUGCUCAGUAACAAAGUGGAUAAAAGUGGGAACAGUGGAGAGAAUAUGGGACUGGUGAUUGAUAAAGUCGUGGGUGAACUACAGAUAGAGUUAUCCCAGCUUCGGGAAGAAUUGGAGAGAAAAACCAGAGCACUGGAGGAAUCAACCAAGCGACAACAGAGCAUGGGCAAAGAGAUCUAUGACCUGGCUGAACGGGAGAGACAAGCUUUGGAGAAAUGCAGACUGGCAGAGGAAGAGCGAGAUAUGAUUAGAGAAGAGCUGGAAAAGAAAGCCAGACAUAGUGAGGAGAAUGAGCAACAGAUCAGUGACUUGAGACAAGAGAAGGAGCGGCUAAUACAUGAACAUGAGGAAGCUGUUCACAAAAUGGAAGCUGAUCACACGUUACAUAUAAACAGACAGAGGGUGGAUUCAGAACAGGAGCUGAUUCAGUUACGAGAAGAGAUGCAAAAGCAAAUAAGCUCCUGGCAAAUGCAGGUGGAGGAUUUGAACUCUCAGCUGGCGUCUGAGAAGGAAGCAAAUCUGGACCUGAACAAUAAGCUUGUGUGUAAAGCACAACAACUUGAAAACAGUCAAAAGGAAGUGCAAUCACUCGUGUUAUCUUUUGAGGAUUUGAAACAACAAAAGGAAGAAGAAAUUAUUCAUAUGAAAGAGGAAGUAAGUGCCAUUAAGACUGAACUGGAGGAAUUGUCAAGUUCUAAAGACCAAGAAAUAAUAAGUUUGAGGACAGUUUUUGAAGCAGAAAUAUCAGAAAUGAAGAGAAAUCUAGAAGAGCGGGAAAUUCAGUUUAAAAAUGCAGUUGAAGAGCAUCAGACACUUCUCAAAAAGCAAGAGGAUGACCAUGAAAAUAAAUGUCAUGAUCUGACAGAGACCUAUGAAGCUAAGUUAAAGAAACAAGAGCAAAGACUGAGAGAGGAAAAUGAGGUGAUAUGCAAAACUCUUCUGGCAGAUCAAGAAGCCAAGUGUCAAAGUCUAGCUGAAGAACAUAUACAGAAAUGCAAAACUCUUGCUGAAGAACAUGAACUCAAGUGCCAAGCACUUACAGAAGACUGGGAAAGGAAGUGUGAAAGCCUUGAUGAAACUCAUGAAUUGAAGCAUCAAACUCUUUCUGAAGAGUAUGAAUUUAAGUACCAAAGUCUUGGUAAAAAUCAUGAACUGAAGUGUCAAAGUCUUGCUGAAGAUCAUGAACAGCGGUGCCAAUCACUGGCAAAGGAACAUGAACAGAAGUGUAAAUAUUUAGAGGACAAGUUGUCUGCUAAAGAAUCAGAGAUGGAAGAAUUGAAUUUAAUGUUGUCAAAUGAGAGAGACAAUCAGGAGCAGAAGAGACGAGAACUUCAACUGGAAAAAAGCUCUAGUGAGAGUCAGUUAUCUGCUAUGCAGCAGGAGAUACAACAGCUAGUGGCAGAGAGAGAGGAGCUUAUGGUCAGACAUGAAGCAUUGUCAAAUCAGCUCCAACAAGUCAGUGAGCAAAGAGAUGAAGUCGUGACUUCAAAUAAUGACUAUGCCCAGCAGAUAGCUGCACUGAAGAGAGCAGCAGAGGAGCAAAAAUCUGAUUUGGAGGAAAGGCAUCAGCAGGAACUGUCCUGUCUUAAGAAACAUCACGAAUCUGAGCUUCUGUCAAAGGAAGAAGAGCACACAAUUCAGCUACAGGAAAUCUUACAACAACAUGCUGAGCUACAAAUCACACAGUCAGACGAACAUAAGGCCACCAUAAAACAGUUUGAGGAGAAGGUCCUGUCCCUUCAGAAUGAUGCAGAGGAGAAAAUAUCAGCUCUUGUAUUGGAUAAGGACAAUGAAAUAGUCCGGUUAUCUGCACUUAAAGACGCCGAGAUGGCUGACUUGCAGUCUUCCUGCGAGAAUAGGAUUGAUGAAGUCAAAGCAGAGCUAGAAAAGGUCAAUCUUACCUUUGAGAAAUUCAAGUCUCAGUCAGAACUGAAAACCAGUGAUUAUCGGUCUCAGCUAGCAACGGAGGAAAAAGAAUUUCAUUCUCAGCUAGCAGUAAAGAAGGAGGAAUUCCAGUCUCAGCUAGCAGCAAAGGACCAGGAAUUUCAGUCUCAACUAACAGCAAAGAAGGAGGAAUUCCAGUCUCAGCUUGCAUCAAAGGACCAGGAAUUUCAGUCUCAACUAACAGCAAAGAAGGAGGAAUUCCAGUCUCAGCUAGCAGCAAAGGACCAGGAAUUUCAGUCUCAGCUAACAGCAAAGAAGGAGGAAUUCCAAGCCUUGCUAGCAGCAAAGGACCAGGAAUUUCAGUCUCAGCUAACAGCAAAGGACCAUGAAUUCCAGUCUCAGCUAACAGCAAAGGACCAUGAAUUCCAGUCUCAGCUAACAGUAAAGGACCAGAAAUUCCAGUUGAAAGUACAGCAAUUCCAGUCUGAGUUGGAAAGAAAGGACCAGGAAUUCCAGUCUCAGAUAGCAGCAAAGGACCAGGAAUUCCAGUUGAAAAUACAGGAAUUCCAGUCUGAGUUGGAAAGAAAGGGCCAGGAAUUCAAUUCUCAGAUAGCAGCGAAGAAUCAGGAAUUCCAGUUGAAAAUGCAGGAAUGCCAAUCUGAAAUGGAAAGAAAGGACCAGGAGUUCCAGGUAAGGAAACAUGAAUUCCAGGAAACACUGACCUCCAUGGAACAGUCGUAUCUAGCUGACCUUGCAUCCAGGCAGAAGGAGCAUGAUUGCACCCUGGCCAGGAUGGAAGAGAAGCUGCAGGAAGGAUUGAGGCAGAAGGAUGAGGCAUGGGAGGUUAAGUUGAAAAUGGAAGUAGCCGCAUGGCAGGAUAAACUGCAGGAAGGAUUAAGGAAGAAGGAUGAGGAAUGGGAGAUAAAGUUAAGGACCAAAGUGGCUGAGUGGCAGGAUAAACUAGAAGCUAAGCGGAAGGAAAAAGAGGCAGUUAGGGAGGAAUCUCAUAACCUGUGUGUCCAAGAAAUGGACCAACAGUUCCAGGCAAAGGAAGCCAGCUUAAAGGAGAGUUACCAGGAGAUGCAUGAGGCCUGGAAACAAGUCUGUGCAGAGAAGGACAUCUUGGAAGCCAGACUCAUUGAACAGGCUCAGUCUAUCAAAAAAUUGGAAGCCAAGAUACAAACAGAAACAAAGGAGUUGAGACUGGCAAGUGAAGAGGAAUGUGCUGCCAAGGAGGAUCAUUACCAGUCAGAGAUAGCAAGGAUGAAUAAGGAGCUUGAGACUCUGGGCAACAACAACAGCGAGCUUCAGGACAUCCACGACUCUGUGGUGGAGGAACUGAGAGAGAAGAAUCAAGAGAUGAUGGACAUGAGGCAAAGGCUGGAAGAGGUCCAGGCCCGGGUGGCUGAACUGGAGAUGAAAAACACAAAACUAAAAAACAGCUGCAAGAAAUCCAUGGAAAAGGCAGAUAUGUGGCAGGAGAAGUUUGACAGCUUUAUGGUCAAGACUGAGAACAAGGCGGCCGAACUGGUGGAGAAGAUGCGUGCGUCCUGUGAGGAAUAUGAAGAAAAGCUGCAGCAGGCGGCUGUCGAUGCAGAAGCACAGACAUCUGUGUAUGAGAGCAAGUUGAAGGCGUCGGCCCAGCAGGUGACAGCAGCCCAGGAGGAACUGGCGAAGGAGAGGCAGCUAUUUGAGGAGCAGAGAAAGCAUCUAGGCGAGGAGCUGGAGAGGUUCACCCUAAAUCAGCACUCCCUCGUGAGUGAAGUGCACGAUCUCACAUCAAGGGCCAAUGAGAAAGCAGCUCGCUGUCAAGAGCUGGAAGCACAGACUCACCAGUUACUGACACAACAACGACAACAGGCGGAGGAAUGGCAGCUGGAGAAGCAGGGGAACACUGAGCUCAGGGAACGUCUGCAGCUAGAGCUGGAAGUUCAGGCUGCCGAGAUGAAGAAACGGGCAGAUACUUUUGCACAAAAGCUGAAGAGUAUUGAGCUGAGUGCCCAAGAAGAGAGAAAGGCCUAUGAGGAAGAGCUGAACAGCCUGAAACAAGCUCAGAUUGAGAAAGAGAAGCAGUUUGCUGAGUCUGUGAGAAACCUCACUCAAAAGGAAACAAAGAUACAGGGCGAGUUUAAAUCAAGUGAGGAAAAACUGAAAGCAGUUGAAAACAAGCUUAAGUUGAAAGGAGAGAAUGCAACAAAGCUUCAACAGCAACUUGAGGAGCUGAAGGCUGAUUAUGAGAAGCGCCUGCAGGCCAGCAUCAAUGAGCUAGAGACGGAGAGGGCGGGGGUGGAGACCUACCGUAAAAAGUUUGAGGCUCUGGAGAGCCAGUUCACCCCUCUGAAGAAAAAAAUGUUACAAGAAGAACAGAACCACAAGAAACUCAUCCAGGAGAACCGAUCCCUGGAAGUGCAACUGGCCCAUGCCAACAGGCAGGUCAAACAGUACAAGUCUGAGCUGGACAAGGCUGGACGGGCACUACUUGGAGAGAAAGAGACAGGACAAACUAAGAACAGUACUUCCUCAGAGGACAGUAUUUUUGAUGACUCACUGGAUGCAGCCUCUGUUCACAAUAAGCGUCACUCCUCACCCCAUCCUAACCGACCCAAACCUGCAUCACCCUACUUCCUGCGCUCCAGACACGAUUCUACCAGCUCUGCCCUCAGCAUGAACAAACUGACGUCUGGGGACAACAUUUCUGUGUCAGGUUUUGCUAAUACACCUCAGGGCAAGAGUCAGUCAUCAUCAGUUGUGUGGACAGGCCACCCAAUGCAGUCACGAGGGAACACGAACAGCCAGUCUUUACAGUCUCUGGCCUCCCUCAACAGCAGUCUGAUGAGUACCAUCAGUACAGAGUCCACACGUUCAGCCAGCAUACCAAGAGGUGCUGGCAGCCUGUUUUCUUGUGAAGAUGAAGAAGAAACUGGUAUUGAAUAUGAGUGGAACAGACUGGAUGAACUCCAGCGCAGGAACACCUUGUGUUUGCCACACCUCAAGUCUUGCUACCCAUUAGAAACUCAGGCUGGAGAUCCCAACGAAAACACCAUCCGGGGACAACCUUCAGAGCUUACCUCUAGCCAAUCAAACGUGAGCAUUCGCAAACGACGAACAGAAGGCAAUGGCGAACAGGAAUUCAGUGUAGGAAGCAGAAAAUUGGUGAGGGCAAGAAUGCACGACACAGCACAGCUAACAUUAUGCAGCCUCCAUCUACCACACCAGCAGAGACCUACAACAGGGGAUAAAGUACUCCGAAAAAUCCCCAAGAAGAUCAGCUCGGCGCAAGGUCUAAGUCUGCUGAUCCAAGACGUGAGAGUAUCCGCCUUCAACAUCGACAACACACCCAAAGCACUGCGUAGAGGCCUCAAGAGACACAGACUGGUUUCGUACGAAUAUUUGCAGCUAGCAGAAACUCACAAGUCUGUGAGUGAUUUAAGCUACAAAUCUCCACCAACAUGCAGCGAGUUAGGCACUGUCACAAAGUUAACUCCAGGCUACAGCAGUGAAAAAGGUGACUCCAUGAUUGGCAGCAAGAGCGAACACAACAACACCAUCGUUGGUAACAUUGAACAGUCUAUUUCUGACACUAAAGGCAACAAGGGUAAACACAGCAACACUACUAUUGGCAAUAGCACACAGACUGGUUCUGACACUCAAGGCAACAAGAACGAACACAGCAAGAAUCAAAGAAUAAAAGAACUUGAGAAUCAGACCAAAGCCGUCAACCAUCUCCAGCAAGAGAAUGAGUUUCUUCGGUUAGCCAUGGAGGAGAAAGAAAAUCUACAGGAAGAAGCUGUUAGACUUCGUGCAAAACUGGAGGAGUUCCGCCACCAGAAAGAUGCUUACAAGUCCUUAGAUGAAGAAAACAAACAACUUCUAAAUGAAUACACCAACUUAAUGAACAAGUUAAAUGUUACAGAAUUUCAGGUGAUCCUGUUUGGUGUUGAUGUGAAGAUGAGAUACAAACUCGUGAUCCUGUUUGGUGUUGAUGUGAAGAUGAGAUACAAACUCGUGAUCCUGUUUGGUGUUGAUGUGAAGAUGAGAUACAAACUCGUGAUCCUGUUUGUUGUUGAUGUGAAGAUGAGAUACAAACUCGUGAUCCUGUUUGGUGGUGAUGUGAAGAUGAGAUACAAACUCGUGAUCCUGUUUGGUGUUGAUGUGAAGAUGAGAUACAAACUCGUGAUCCUGUUUGGUGUUGAUGUGAAGAUGAGAUACAAACUCGUGAUCCUGUUUGGAGCUGGAAACAUGGCUGAGGCCAAGAGUGCCACUGAGUCACGGUUCAAACACCUGCAGGAACUAUACAAACAACAGAAAGACCAGUAUGAGGAGUUGCUCAGUAACAAAGUGGAUAAAAGUGGGAACAGUGGAGAGAAUAUGGGAUUGGUGAUUGAUAAAGUCGUGGGUGAACUACAGAUAGAGUUAUCCCAGCUUCGGGAAGAAUUGGAGAGAAAAACCAGAGCACUGGAGGAAUCAACCAAGCGACAACAGAGCAUGGGCAAAGAGAUCUAUGACCUGGCUGAACGGGAGAGACAAGCUUUGGAGAAAUGCAGACUGGCAGAGGAAGAGCGAGAUAUGAUUAGAGAAGAGCUGGAAAAGAAAGCCAGACAUAGUGAGGAGAAUGAGCAACAGAUCAGUGACUUGAGACAAGAGAAGGAGCGGCUAAUACAUGAACAUGAGGAAGCUGUUCACAAAAUGGAAGCUGAUCACACGUUACAUAUAAACAGACAGAGGGCGGAUUCAGAACAGGAGCUGAUUCAGUUACGAGAAGAGAUGCAAAAGCAAAUAAGCUCCUGGAAAAUGCAGGUGGAGGAUUUGAACUCUCAGCUGGCGUCUGAGAAGGAAGCAAAUCUGGACCUGAACAAUAAGCUUCAUCAAACUCUUUCUGAAGAGUAUGAAUUUAAGUACCAAAGUCUUGGUAAAAAUCAUGAACUGAAGUGUCAAAGUCUUGCUGAAGAUCAUGAACAGCGGUGCCAAUCACUGGCAAAGGAACAUGAACAGAAGUGUAAAUAUUUAGAGGACAAGUUGUCUGCUAAAGAAUCAGAGAUGGAAGAAUUGAAUUUAAUGUUGUCAAAUGAGAGAGACAAUCAGGAGCAGAAGAGACGAGAACUUCAACUGGAAAAAAGCUCUAGUGAGAGUCAGUUAUCUGCUAUGCAGCAGGAGAUACAACAGCUAGUGGCAGAGAGAGAGGAGCUUAUGGUCAGACAUGAAGCAUUGUCAAAUCAGCUCCAACAAGUCAGUGAGCAAAGAGAUGAAGUCGUGACUUCAAUAAAUGACUAUGCCCAGCAGAUAGCUGCACUGAAGAGAGCAGCAGAGGAGCAAAAAUCUGAUUUGGAGGAAAGGCAUCAGCAGGAACUGUCCUGUCUUAAGAAACAUCACGAAUCUGAGCUUCUGUCAAAGAAGAAGAGCACACAAUUCAGCUACAGGAAAUCUUACAACAACAUGCUGAGCUACAAAUCACACACAACGGAGGAAAAAGAAUUUCAUUCUCAGCUAGCAGUAAAGAAGGAGGAAUUCCAGUCUCAGCUAGCAGCAAAGGACCAGGAAUUUCAGUCUCAACUAACAGCAAAGAAGGAGGAAUUCCAGUCUCAGCUUGCAUCAAAGGACCAGGAAUUUCAGUCUCAACUAACAGCAAAGAAGGAGGAAUUCCAGUCUCAGCUAGCAGCAAAGGACCAGGAAUUUCAGUCUCAGCUAACAGCAAAGAAGGAGGAAUUCCAAGCCUUGCUAGCAGCAAAGGACCAGGAAUUUCAGUCUCAGCUAACAGCAAAGGACCAUGAAUUCCAGUCUCAGCUAACAGCAAAGGACCAUGAAUUCCAGUCUCAGCUAACAGUAAAGGACCAGAAAUUCCAGUUGAAAGUACAGCAAUUCCAGUCUGAGUUGGAAAGAAAGGACCAGGAAUUCCAGUCUCAGAUAGCAGCAAAGGACCAGGAAUUCCAGUUGAAAAUACAGGAAUUCCAGUCUGAGUUGGAAAGAAAGGGCCAGGAAUUCAAUUCUCAGAUAGCAGCGAAGAAUCAGGAAUUCCAGUUGAAAAUGCAGGAAUGCCAAUCUGAAAUGGAAAGAAAGGACCGAGGAGUUCCAGCUGACCUUGCAUCCAGGCAGAAGGAGCAUGAUUGCACCCUGGCCAGGAUGGAAGAGAAGCUGCAGGAAGGAUUGAGGCAGAAGGAUGAGGCAUGGGAGGUUAAGUUGAAAAUGGAAGUAGCCGCAUGGCAGGAUAAACUGCAGGAAGGAUUAAGGAAGAAGGAUGAGGAAUGGGAGAUAAAGUUAAGGACCAAAGUGGCUGAGUGGCAGGAUAAACUAGAAGCUAAGCAGAAGGAAAAAGAGGCAGUUAGGGAGGAAUCUCAUAACCUGUGUGUCCAAGAAAUGGACCAACAGUUCCAGGCAAAGGAAGCCAGCUUAAGGAGAGUUACCAGGAGAUGCAUGAGGCCUGGAAACAAGUCUGUGCAGAGAAGGACAUCUUGGAAGCCAGACUCAUUGAACAGGCUCAGUCUAUCAAAAAAAUUGGAAGCCAAGAUACAAACAGAAACAAAGGAGUUGAGACUGGCAAGUGAAGAGGAAUGUGCUGCCAAGGAGGAUCAUUACCAGUCAGAGAUAGCAAAGAUGAAUAAGGAGCUUGAGACUCUGGGCAACAACAACAGCGAGCUUCAGGACAUCCACGACUCUGUGGUGGAGGAACUGAGAGAGAAGAAUCAAGAGAUGAUGGACAUGAGGCAAAGGCUGGAAGAGGUCCAGGCCCGGGUGGCUGAACUGGAGAUGAAAAACACAAAACUAAAAAACAGCUGCAAGAAAUCCAUGGAAAAGGCAGAUAUGUGGCAGGAGAAGUUUGACAGCUUUAUGGUCAAGACUGAGAACAAGGCGGCCGAACUGGUGGAGAAGAUGCGUGCGUCCUGUGAGGAAUAUGAAGAAAAGCUGCAGCAGGCGGCUGUCGAUGCAGAAGCACAGACAUCUGUGUAUGAGAGCAAGUUGAAGGCGUCGGCCCAGCAGGUGACAGCAGCCCAGGAGGAACUGGCGAAGGAGAGGCAGCUAUUUGAGGAGCAGAGAAAGCAUCUAGGCGAGGAGCUGGAGAGGUUCACCCUAAAUCAGCACUCCCUCGUGAGUGAAGUGCACGAUCUCACAUCAAGGGCCAAUGAGAAAGCAGCUCGCUGUCAAGAGCUGGAAGCACAGACUCACCAGUUACUGACACAACAACGACAACAGGCGGAGGAAUGGCAGCUGGAGAAGCAGGGGAACACUGAGCUCAGGGAACGUCUGCAGCUAGAGCUGGAAGUUCAGGCUGCCGAGAUGAAGAAACGGGCAGAUACUUUUGCACAAAAGCUGAAGAGUAUUGAGCUGAGUGCCCAAGAAGAGAGAAAGGCCUAUGAGGAAGAGCUGAACAGCCUGAAACAAGCUCAGAUUGAGAAAGAGAAGCAGUUUGCUGAGUCUGUGAGAAACCUCACUCAAAAGGAAACAAAGAUACAGGGCGAGUUUAAAUCAAGUGAGGAAAAACUGAAAGCAGUUGAAAACAAGCUUAAGUUGAAAGGAGAGAAUGCAACAAAGCUUCAACAGCAACUUGAGGAGCUGAAGGCUGAUUAUGAGAAGCGCCUGCAGGCCAGCAUCAAUGAGCUAGAGACGGAGAGGGCGGGGGUGGAGACCUACCGUAAAAAGUUUGAGGCUCUGGAGAGCCAGUUCACCCCUCUGAAGAAAAAAAUGUUACAAGAAGAACAGAACCACAAGAAACUCAUCCAGGAGAACCGAUCCCUGGAAGUGCAACUGGCCCAUGCCAACAGGCAGGUCAAACAGUACAAGUCUGAGCUGGACAAGGCUGGACGGGCACUACUUGGAGAGAAAGAGACAGGACAAACUAAGAACAGUACUUCCUCAGAGGACAGUAUUUUUGAUGACUCACUGGAUGCAGCCUCUGUUCACAAUAAGCGUCACUCCUCACCCCAUCCUAACCGACCCAAACCUGCAUCACCCUACUUCCUGCGCUCCAGACACGAUUCUACCAGCUCUGCCCUCAGCAUGAACAAACUGACGUCUGGGGACAACAUUUCUGUGUCAGGUUUUGCUAAUACACCUCAGGGCAAGAGUCAGUCAUCAUCAGUUGUGUGGACAGGCCACCCAAUGCAGUCACGAGGGAACACGAACAGCCAGUCUUUACAGUCUCUGGCCUCCCUCAACAGCAGUCUGAUGAGUACCAUCAGUACAGAGUCCACACGUUCAGCCAGCAUACCAAGAGGUGCUGGCAGCCUGUUUUCUUGUGAAGAUGAAGAAGAAACUGGUAUUGAAUAUGAGUGGAACAGACUGGAUGAACUCCAGCGCAGGAACACCUUGUGUUUGCCACACCUCAAGUCUUGCUACCCAUUAGAAACUCAGGCUGGAGAUCCCAACGAAAACACCAUCCGGGGACAACCUUCAGAGCUUACCUCUAGCCAAUCAAACGUGAGCAUUCGCAAACGACGAACAGAAGGCAAUGGCGAACAGGAAUUCAGUGUAGGAAGCAGAAAAUUGGCACGACACAGCACAGCUAACAUUAUGCAGCCUCCAUCUACCAACACCAGGCAGAGACCUACAACAGGGGAUAAAAGUACUCCGAAAAAAUCCCCAAGAAGAUCAGCUCGGCGCAGGUCUAAGUCUGCUGGUACACCUGUUGUAUCGCAGGAUGACCGUGAAAACCAACCAGAUCUUGCUGUGGAUCCAAGACGUGAGAGUAUCGCCUUCAACAUCGACAACACACCCAAAGCACUGCGUAGAGGCCUCAAGAGACAGACUGGUUUUGUACGAAAUAAUGCAGCUAGCAGAAACUCACAAACAGAACGAAAACCCUUGACAAACCGCAACUAUCUGCAGACGGGCCUCUAAAACCAGCAUGCCUGUGCAGUGUUUUGUGUCACUGAGAAGCUAUAGGUUCCAUCAUUAGUGCUUAUCUCCACUCGUGUGCUAUGCCAAGGCCUGUGCAUACAGUUUUACGCAGACAAGGGGUCUUUUAUGCCAUUUUCUUAAGCACUUGUAUCAUGAUUGUGUACAUAGUAUAUUUAUAAUAGUUUGGGCGAUGUAUUUUAAGUGCACCACACUCUUUUAAGUGAUCUUGUUUAUACAUUAGACAUACACACAGAUGUGUAGUUCCCCAUAUUAAGCAGCAAACUUAUAUUAUGUUCUACGUUUAUAUAACCUUAAUGACAUGAAGACUUGAUUCUGAUUAGCUACCACUGGUGAUAGACAAUGACAGUUAAAAUCUGCUGCUACAUUUGGAACUCAAAUUCAGUGUACAGAACAAAACUUCAGCUUUGCCUGGACUUUUCUGUCUUAGCCUCAGCUAUCUUGGUACUAACCUCGACUUCCAUGCCUAGCCUUAACUCUCUGUCUUGGCCUCAAUUUCCCUGUUUUAGCCCAGACUUCCCUGUCUUAGCCACGACUAUUCCUGCCUCACAAAACAGAUAUUUGCCUCAGUUUUUUCUCCCUUUAAUUUUGUUGAUAUGUAAAUACAUUUUUGUGUUGAUAUCACUGUAGUAUUGGCCAUACAACUAUGUAAUGUUAUCAGAAACCUGUUUGUGUUUCUUACAUCACUUCACUAUUGUGAACUCAUUUACAUAUCAUUUCCUGUGACACCUGUUUGUGGCACACCUUGUGUGUGUAUAUACAGAUAUUUGUAAACAUUUAGGCAAUAGGAUUUACUGCUGUUAGAUGUCAAAACGUGGGGUUUUCUAAGAUCAGGUUAUGCGAUUCUCAAAAUAGUUUAUUACCAGGCUUUGUUUCUCUAAGAAAAGCCCAUUUUUUUUUUCAUUACUCAGAGAGAUGAUUUCUACCUCCAAAAUGGAAAUGUACGUCUUUUUUCAAAAUAAUCAUGGUUUUCACUGAAAAAUUGGAAUCUGAGAAUUUAAUGGUUGUGAUAUGCACUA